CCCCCCGGGCCCAGGGCACUUUCGCUCCCUCGGCGAAGACGAAAAAUCAGGACAGAGUCUGUUGAAAACUUUCCAAUUAAACCUUUUCUUUUGAUAAUCGCAGCUGCAAGGAUCUUGGGAGCUUCUUCUAUAUCUUACACACUGGUUAUUUACAUGGUGUUCUCUCUCAUUGUGCUGAGAAUGAGUUGAAUAUCAAGAUAUUGCAAAAUGGGACCUGUAUUAGAGAACAAGCAAAACACAGACAUGAUUUUGGAGGCUUCUGCAAAGAAGCAGAACGGAACUGAUUCAAAAGAACUUGAAGCUAGUCAUGUAAAUUGUGCCAGCAACUAUGAAGACCAUACCUCGUUUGUUGAACAAGUAAAAGGAGUCCAUGGCAGUGAGGAUGAUGAAAUUGAUAUUACAGAGUGUACAAAACCUGCUAAUAAUGUGCUGGUGGAAUCAGACAAGGAAGAAUUGACAGAGAGUUCAAGUUCAUUUGAGAGUAUUAUUUCUGAAGCAGAGAAUUGCUGCACAACUAUGAGUGAUGCCGAGUGUACAUCAGAAUACAAUGGUGAUGCUACAUCGCGACUAGCAUUUAGUGGAUUUGGUGACAUAUUUAGGAUGACGAGGAAAAAGGUGACCCCUCAUUGGAGAGACUUUGUACAACCUCUUAGGCAGCGAUGCAAGUUGAUUGAAUUGAAACUCCAUAUGCUUCAGUCUCGAGCUCGAAAAUAUGAGAAACAAAUGCGGGAUAUCAAGUGUCAGAUGCAGCCUCAGCUGGGAAGUGUUGAAUUGGAAGGUUUAGGUUCGAAGUCACUUCCAUUUUCUUGUGAUAGCUUAAGAGAUAAGGUUGUGAAGAGAAAGAAGAGAAGAAGAACUGAAGACACACUGGAUAUAGCAGCUUAUAUGUCUCAUCAUCCCUUGUUUUCUUUCUUUGAAAAGAGAAACUCAAUUGCUGAUGGUUCUUUUCCGGACAAUGAGCUGGGAAAAAUAGCCAUCUGCUCUGACAAGAACAAUGCUGAUGAUGAGUUUGAGAUUCAAGAUGACUUGCACCUACGGCCUGCUGAUGGUGAUACUUCCUUGGAGAAAAUACUCCGCAACAUUGGGGUUCUUCAGUCACAAGUUAUCCAGCUUAAAACUAGACUUGACAAGGUAACAAGUGAGAACGCUGGAGUGUUCUCAAGCGCUGAGGACCUGAAAUCACUUCUACCAUGUAAUGGUUUGGCCAGCUCAGCUCGGAGUUCUGCCUCUCUUCUGGACAAUCGGGUCAAAAUGCCAGUAGGAUCUUGUGAUGUUGUAUCACAGCUGAUAUCUGAGUAUAAUAUGGCUGUGCCUGUCAGUGCAGCUUCAAGCCGUGGAAAAGCGGUGAACAUCCCUAAUGUGAAUGAAAGCAAAGACCGUUCCUUUCUUUUGGAUACAAACACCAAUCCUGAAGAUGGUGUUCUAAUCUACUAUCAAAGAACGAAGGAAGAGAUGAGUAAUUUUGAGGAAUACAAGAUUCAUUCUGUGGAAAAGCCUCAGGUUUUAGAGUGUGCGCAGAAGGGUACCGUCCCGACCAGUCUCCCAGAUCCAGAUCCUGCCCUGGAUGAUCAACCAACUCCAAAAAUUCGUUCUAUUUCCAGGCUUACUGCUCCUCCUAAGAGCAAGAAGAGGAAGGCUCGACGGAGAGCUGGUAAACGGAAUUACUGAUCUUCAGCUUAGCUUUCUUGAUUGCAGUAUAUAUCUGAUUCAGUGAUCUAGUAGAAGGUGAUUGAAGUUGAUUUCAAUUCGUCACUUCUCUUUUGGACAUUAAACCAACAUGUAAAUUUGACUCGAAUCUCAACUGUCCUGUAAAUGCACCAAAACAACAAUAACUAUUCCUCAAUCUCAAGUUACAUUUUUCAGGUAAAUAAUGUAGUCAAAUGCCUCAAGAAACAGCAGGAUUGAGUUUGAUUUGCUUA